AGGAGCCCCAUUGUGCAAACCAUCCAUCUCAGAUCAGGAGCAACCAAAUCAAGAAAGAAGAGCGCACCAGAGCCGUGUUUAAUCACUCACCAACGACCGAUGGCGUUUUUGGGAGGAUCAUUGCGCGGGACGAGAAGCAUUGGCAGCGGGAAGAUGACGCAGGGGAUGAGCCACGGCGGGUUGCGGCCGUGGCCGCAGGCGCCGGCGCCCGUGAGGCAGCUCUUCUGGAGGAUGAGGCGCGCCGUGCUGCGGCCGAAGCGCCGUGCCGUGAGUUUUGGGUACGAUCUCAAGAGCUACUCCCAGAACUUCGACGAUGGCCUCGUCCCUGCCCACCGCCUCUAGCAACACCCGCAGUGUCUUCUUCUUCUUCUUUUUCUUCUUUUCAAUUCUACUUGCCGCCCGGCUGGAGCACGGCUCGAGGCUGGUGAUUUGUUCCUCUAGCUCAGCUACCAGUGUAUUAGUAAAAAAAGUUGAGUUGGAAAAUACCCAGUGUACUAGUAUUAGAAAGUACUGUUCGUACACUAGUUGCUUAGUGUUGAAAGCCUGAAACUGCCAACGAAAUGACAGUGUAUCUAUGUGCUUCUAUGUAGUCUGCAAGCCGUCACUUGACACAAUGGAAUGGGAUUUCAGCAAUUUAUGUUUA